AUGGGCAAAAGGGAUGUGCCUCUCCGGGCCCAGCAACCUUGGGAGCUCUGCCUCUCCGGAUGUGGGGUCCAGGCCCGCCCCCAGAAUGGACCUGGUCCUUAUCUGAAACGGGGCCUGGCUGCCGAAGCGGCCUCCGCUAGGGGGCUACGGCGGGAGGAUUCCCGGGGGGCGUCGCCUGCUUCCGCCGCCGCCUCCUUCAGUGAAAGUCCCUUUUGGGUCCAGCUGUCACAGCCACCGCGCUCCCUCAGGCCGGGCGGGGGACACCCCAGGUCUGCGUGGCCCCUGCGCCGCCACGCCCAGUGGCCGUCCGAGCCCUGCGAGCAGGGGGAGGAGCCGCCGCCAGUGGAGGCGGAGGAGGUAGAGGAGGCGGAGACGGCGGAGACGGCGGAGAAGGCGGAGAAGGCGGAGAGGAAGGUGGAGGCGGAGGCGAAGGUGGAGGGGAAGGUGGAGGCGGCGGGGAAGGUGGAGGCGGCGGGGAAGGUGGACACCGCCGGGAACGUGGAGACAGCGGAGGGUCUGGGCCGGCAGGCUGAGCUCAAGCUGGAGCCCGAACCCGAGCCCGUACCGGAGGCGGAGCAGGAGCCGAAGGGGGAGCCGAAGCAGGAGCUGGAGGAUGAGAACCCAGCGCGGAGCGGCGGUGGCGGCAGCAGCGACGAGGUUCCUCCCCCCACCCUUCCCUCCGAACCCCCGCGGCCCCCCGAUCCCUCUCCGCGGCGCAGUCGUGCCCCCCGCCGCCGACCCCGGCCGCGGCCACAGACCCGGCUCCGUACCCCGCCGCAGCCUAGGCCACGGCCCCCGCCCCGGCCCCGGCCCCGGCGCGGCCCUGGGGGCGGAUGCCUGGAUGUGGAUUUCGCUGUUGGUCCACCAGGCUGUUCCCACGUGAACAGCUUUAAGGUGGGAGAGAACUGGAGGCAGGAACUGCGGGUGAUCUACCAGUGCUUCGUGUGGUGUGGAACCCCAGAGACCAGGAAAAGCAAGGCAAAGUCGUGCAUCUGCCAUGUGUGUGGCACCCAUUUGAACAGACUUCACUCUUGCCUUUCCUGUGUCUUCUUUGGCUGCUUCACAGAGAAACACAUUCAUGAGCACGCCGAGACAAAACAACACAACUUAGCUGUAGACCUUUAUUAUGGAGGUAUAUACUGCUUUAUGUGUAAGGAUUAUGUAUAUGACAGAGACAUUGAGCAAAUUGCCAAAGAAGAGCAAGGAGAAGCUUUGAAAUUACAGGCCUCCACCUCAACCGAGGUUUCUCACCAGCAGUGUUCAAUGCCAGGACUCGGUGAGAAAUAUCCAACCUGGGAGACAACCAAACCCGAGUUAGAACUGCUGGGACACAACCCAAGGAGAAGAAGAAUCACCUCCAGCUUUACCAUCGGUUUAAGAGGACUAAUCAAUCUUGGCAACACGUGCUUUAUGAACUGCAUCGUCCAGGCCCUUACCCAUACUCCGAUCCUGAGAGAUUUCUUCCUGUCCGACAGGCACAGAUGUGAAAUGCCAAGUCCUGAGUUGUGUCUGGUCUGUGAGAUGUCUUCGCUUUUUCGGGAGUUGUAUUCUGGAAACCCAUCUCCUCACGUUCCUUAUAAAUUACUGCACCUGGUAUGGAUACACGCUCGUCACUUAGCAGGAUACAGGCAACAGGAUGCCCACGAGUUCCUCAUUGCCGCGUUAGAUGUCCUGCACAGGCACUGCAAAGGUGAUGAUGCCGGGAAGGCUGCUAACAAUCCCAACCACUGUAACUGCAUCAUAGACCAAAUCUUCACAGGUGGCCUGCAGUCUGAUGUCACCUGUCAAGCCUGCCAUGGCGUCUCCACCACCAUAGACCCAUGCUGGGACAUCAGUUUGGACUUGCCUGGCUCUUGCACCUCCUUCUGGCCCAUGAGCCCAGGGAGGGAGAGCAGUGUGAAUGGGGAAAGCCACAUACCAGGAAUCACCACCCUCACGGACUGCUUGCGAAGGUUUACCAGGCCAGAGCACUUAGGUAGCAGUGCCAAAAUCAAAUGCGGUAGUUGCCAAAGCUACCAGGAAUCUACCAAACAGCUCACGAUGAAUAAAUUACCUGUUGUUGCCUGUUUCCAUUUCAAACGGUUUGAACACUCGGCCAAACAGAGGCGCAAGAUCACUACAUACAUAUCCUUUCCUCUGGAGCUGGAUAUGACACCAUUUAUGGCCUCGAGUAAAGAGAGCAGGAUGAAUGGACAGUUGCAGCUGCCAACCAAUAGUGGAAACGAUGAGAAUAAGUAUUCCUUGUUUGCUGUGGUUAAUCACCAAGGAACCUUGGAGAGUGGCCACUACACCAGCUUCAUCCGGCACCACAAGGACCAGUGGUUCAAGUGUGAUGAUGCCGUCAUCACCAAGGCCAGUAUUAAGGACGUUCUGGACAGUGAAGGGUAUUUACUGUUCUAUCACAAACAGGUCCUGGAACAUGAGUCAGAAAAAGUGAAAGAAAUGAAUACACAAGCCUACUGAAGUGACACAGACCUACCUGUAAUGGAAGAUGACAACACCUAUACUACAACUGGCUUCGAGAUUUAAAGGACCUACUUGCAUGGCCCAUGGGCCUGACAGAGAAUAGUUCUAAGAGAUAUGAAUGGCGUGAGACUGCUGAAGCUGACCUCCCUGUCUCCGCUGGUGGAAGGCACAGACCACCAGAGGGAGCAGCUGUGCCUGGCACCUCCUGAUUGAAGCACGCACCACCUCUGGGAAACACCAUUGUCCCUCAGCAACAGGGGAGCCAUUCAAGCCCAGCCCAAUGCCCCUACCUGUCACCAACCCCCAAAUUGAGCCAUGGAGUGUAACAACAGCAGCCAGGGCCUGCUUUCAGAUCACACCACCGUGGGACCUAGGGAAUCAUGUAUUCAGCAGGGAAUCCUGAUCAGGGAUGCCAUCAACCAAGAGGUCUUUUCCAAUCAAGAAACAGAGUGGCCCCCACACAACUCAUGUUGUCAUAAUGCAGUAGACCUGAUGCCAGGAACCCGUGUUUGCACCAAAUGUACACUCACACCCAGAAGUGAAGGCCUAGGUCCUCUGAAAGUGUGAAGUUCAGUGCCCACAGCGUACGUCAUUACACACUGUCCUUUCCCUGUAGUUGACCCAAUACCAUUUUUUUUAAACUCAUGUAUCAAAGUAUGUCAGAUAUAUAGGAAAAUGCACAUAUCAUAAGGGUACAACUUGAUGAAUUUCUAGAAAAUGAACAGAACCCUGCAAACAACAUCCAGAUCAAGAAACAGAACAUUAUCCAUAAGUCAGGCCCCACUUCUGCUUCCUUCCAGUCAAUAACCCCAAAGAGCAAACCCUAUCCUGACUUCUUUCACUGUAGAUCAGUGUUGCCUUUUUUAUGCCUUCUAUAAAAGGAAUGGCUCAGUAUGUUUA